AUGGACAUGGACCCGAUCCCGCCGUGGCUCUUGGCAGCGCCUUUUGUGCUGUCUUUCGUCGCGCUCAUGCCUUCGAGCCCGGUCGUCCGAAAAGCGAUGUUUGUCCCGCUCGCCGGCGUCGUUGUGCACAUCAUGAGGAUCGGCGGCGGGAUGUCGGGCAGGGACUACCCCAUGGCGUGCGCAUUGUCGUCUCAGGUUGUCCAGAUGUUCGAUUUUCUGGUUAUAGCAGACGCUCACGCCGAGCUGCGGCUGCGAGACCAAGCCGCUGGCAUGCCUACGGGCCUACUUGAACGCGUAAAAUGGGUUCUUCGCCUCCUCACAAGCCCUCGUCUCGUCGGCUGGACCAAUGAACCGAAGGACGGCGUCAUCCCUCCGCGUCCGACAGAUACUUCCAGGAUCCGCUUCGCUUGCAAGCAAUUAUUCUACCUCGUCUGCAACCUCCUCACUAUGAACGUGCUGAACAUCACGAUGAGUCUGACGCCCGGGUUUUCAGCGAAUGGACCUGGGUUGGCGGGGAGUGGGUGGGGCUGGCGGUCUGUGAACGCGCUUCAGCAUGGCGCGGCGGCGUGGAUGGGAAUAUCGAUUGCCCAUCGCGCCUGGGUGCUAGCGCUCCUGUGUACGGGAAGGUGGAUGCCUUCUGAUCUUCCACCGAUGUUCGCGCCCUUGGGAAACGCGUAUACGUUACGCAGAUUUUGGGGGCGAACAUAUCAUCAGAUGCUUCGCAGGACGCUAACCUCGCACGGGACCUUCGUCACCGACAAACUCCUCCAUCUUCCCCGUGAGGCGAAGUUAACACGGCGCUAUACCCAGCUCUACGUCGCAUUCUUUGUGUCAGGCGCCCUCCACUAUUGGGCCGACUACAUGACAAUCCACAAUUUCGGCGGCGGGAGCCUGCGAUUCUUCCUCUGGCAAGCCGCCGCGAUACAUUGCGAGGAUAUCCUGAUAUCCGCCGCUGGGCGACUGGGGUGGAAGCUGUCGAAGAUGUGGGAGGUCAUUGGGUAUGUGUGGGUGUGGCAGUGGUUUGCGUGGUGUAUACCCAGCUGGGUGGACCCGCUCAUUCGCAUUGGACUGAUUGAGCAGGGAGCAAAAGUAGAGAUUAUCCAGGGUAUAUGUGGGUUGGUCGGCAAGGGAUGUUAUCUUCCUGCUCGAUAA